AUGCUGGCAUUGUGCAAAGCUUUCCGCGAUCACUACUCCAUUGCAGCGGUCACGAAUGACAUCUUUACCAAAGAGGACACGGAAUUCCUCGUCCGCAAUAACGCAUUACCGGCGGAGCGGAUUCGGGCCAUUGAAACCGGCGGUUGCCCCCACGCCGCCAUUAGGGAGGAUAUUUCCGCCAAUUUAGGUGCUUUAGAGGAACUUCAUGCUAAAUUCAACGUUCAAUUGUUGCUCAUAGAAAGCGGCGGCGAUAAUUUGGCUGUGAUCGAUGUGGCUGGAGGCGACAAAAUUCCUCGUAAGGGUGGCCCAGGUAUCACUCAAUCCGAUCUGUUAAUUAUCAACAAGACAGAUCUCGCCGAGAUUGUCGGUGCCGAUUUGGGCAUCAUGGAAAGGGAUGCACGAAAAAUGAGGGAAAGUGGACCAACCGUGUUCACCCAAGUGAAAAACGGCGUUGGAAUUCCUGAGGUGGUCGGAUUGAUUCUAGGCGCUUGGAAGGCAAGCGGAGCUGCGGAUGCUUGA